UAAACGAGGGACCACUGUAUACGAACAGCUUGGAGCCGACGCCGCAGUGACCAGGACAACUCUGAUAAAGCUUCAAUAAGCUGCAUUAAGUGCUGUCAACAGCUUGUAAGCAGUCCGAGGAUGACGAUGACGUCUUUGGACUUUGGAAAACCUCCUUUCUCGGACACAGAAGUGAGCACGCUGAACCUUCGAGGACUCGCACAGACAGAAGAUACGGAGGCUGUUUGUACGAGUUCGACGCCGCAACGGCAACUUUUUACUCGACCUCGUCUGCUGGAGCAUGAACCGCUUUACAGAAAGACGGGAAGUCAACAGUAUAAAUGUUUUUAUUUGAAUGAGUAACAUACAAUCCUGAGAAGGAAUGCCACAGCAAAGUGGCUGGUUAGCAGUUCACUAACGCUGCAGGACGACGUCACCGUGCAUCUCCACCCAAAUAUUUCACAGACCCACAGAAAAAUAUUUCUUGUUGCCACUUUCAGACAUUUAUCUUCCAAAAACCUUUUUGCUGCUUACUUAAAUACCUUUUUUUAAAUGUGUGUGAGACACGUGCACGCCGUCUCACUGACGUAUAUUUUCACAGCACACACACUCCUAAUUUAUACUGACACACAGAUGGCCUCUGCUCUGACCACAAAUGUAGUGUAACCCCUUGCUCCCUGCGGUGAGGCCUGGGCUCAGACUGCCAGUAAAAGCGAGGGGAUGCUUCAUGGCUCAACAAUUCGCUUGGUAAAUGGAAAGGUUUUGGUGUGUGUGACCUCAAACACUCUCCUUUCUGUCUCUACUUCAUUUCGUCCCCCGGCUUGUUGACUUUCACUUCCAACUUGUUUCUUUCUUUCAGUCACCUCCGAUCUGUUAUUUAUUUCUCCGUCUGAGUUGUUCUGUCAGCAUAUUUUUAGUCGCCUCUAUCUGUAAAUCUCUCCUCUCGGUGGAGGUGUGAUUCACCUCCCUCCUGUUUUGAGAGGUCAGGAGCAAAGUGAGGACACGCGAGGAGGAAGACGGCGAACCUCAGCUCUCAAAUAUGAGCAGUAUGAAGAAAACUGUGCAUUUCUGUCGAGUGUGGUUCAGUGGGUUUAUUGGGUAACGGAUACGCUGAAAUUGAGUCCAAUUUUUGGUUUAGCCAAAAAGGUUUUAAUGGUAUUAGGGACAUUACUUCAUAGGGAAGUGGCUUCUUUCGUGAGCAGCGUGCAGAGAUUAAAGAUCAGUGUUUAGAAAAUUGAAUAAUUACCUCUGUGUGGAUCCAAAUGUGUCUACACGGGGCACUACUGCUGCUUAAUGUCAAGCGAGGAACACGACACACACACACAAUCGCUCACAGUCAUAGAGAAAAUAUUAGCUUUUAUUUGUGAAAUAUGGCUCUGAAAUUUCAUAUUGUGUCUCGCUAAAAAGUGAGAAAACCUCAAGAGGUGUGAGAGCCAAUAUCAAAUCCAGUCCUCCUCCCGCUCGGUCACCUCUAAGUUUAAGUCCAGCCAGGUGGAUUUGGGUGUGUAGCCUUCGUGUGUGUGUGUGUGUGUGUGUGCGCGCAGUCAUAAAAACUGAGAAAGAAAAAAGGACUUUUCAGAUUGGAGAGGACAGGCGGGGAUCAGGGGUGCAGAGGGAAAUGGUUCGGGUUAACUUUCCUCUAAAGGGUGUCAAAAAAGGAACUAAAUUGGGUGUCAGAAAGCGCUAAGGAGCUGAAAUAAGUCGGAGGGGUCCCCCGCUCAGCUCUCAUGUGGGUGGGUGCUCGCUUUAUAUUUUACAGACAAUGUCCCUUUAAAAAGCCCCAACGUCUGGAAAGCCCAUUAGAUGUGCAUAUAAAAUUUCCCCCGUGAUUAAUAGUUGAUGAGGAAGGGUUGGUUGGAGGGUACUACCAACAUGUGGCCGGCAGGGCUCCUCCUCUGCAAGCUCACGUUACACUCCAUAAACUUGCCACUCUUUCCCACCUAUGUUUUUUUUUUUAAAGGAGGAGGGCUCACUUGUCAAGAAUGCCUUAGAAGAAGUUGUGAAAACAGCCAGCCCGAGAAGGGGAGUCAUGCAGUUGCGGAUGCAGCACUCCCGCCGAGCCACAAGCACAGUCAGAUCAGUCAGGGGAGAAGAGUGUGUGUGUGUGUGUGAGACAAGAGGGGGGAAAGUGUGUGUGAGAGUGUCAGGACCAGAGGCUCCGAAGGACGUCACACACACACUGUGUGUGCAAGAGUCAACAGCCCUCUGACAGGCAGACAGACAGUGACAAAGACACAGAUUUACAGCCCGAAGGAAGGAAGGAAGUAGAGGAGGGGAUCAACUCUUCUGCAGAGAAAAGACACUAAUCAAGAUCGUGAAGUGUUUUUUUGCAUCACCAUGGAUCAGCCGGCCAGCAGCUGCAUGCGGAGCGCCCAUCCCAGCAGCCCCAUCUGGGGUUGCAUGAGGAACCCUCACUCAGGGGUCCCAGGAGCCAACCUCCAGUCGCCCUACCAGCAGGCCCCUUUCUCCCUCCACCAGAAGCCCGAGUUCUUGGCCUACACAGACUUCACCAGCUCCUGCCUGGUGCCGACCGCGCCGCACGCAGCCUACCCCCGCGACGAAAGACUGUACCAAGAGAGCCAGGGGGGCUACCAGAGAGCCGAGUGGCAGUUCAACCCCUGCGAGACACGGGCGAGAGCGCCCGAGGCCUGCCCACCCGUCGUCGCCCCUGUAGUAGGAGGCGGAGGUGGAGGGCCUGACCUGGACAGUGUAGGGGGAGACAGGCUGCCAGGGGCCGUGACCGGGUGCCUGGAGGGAGAAUACUCGCCGCAGAGCGUGGCAUCGGCCGACUCGGACAAGAAGAGCUCCAACAAGAGGAAGAGAGAUGUCACAGAUAUCCAGGACUCCAGUUUUAAGGUGGACUCCAGCUGCAAAGCCCGGAAAGAGCGCACGGCGUUCACCAAAGAGCAGCUGAGAGAGCUGGAAGCCGAGUUCACCCACCACAACUACCUGACCAGACUCCGCCGCUACGAGAUCGCCGUCAACCUGGACCUCACAGAGAGACAGGUGAAAGUUUGGUUUCAGAACAGGAGGAUGAAGUGGAAGCGAGUGAAGGGAGGACAGUCGUCUUCGCCCAACGACCUGGAAAACGACGACAUAGACUCGGCUGCCUCGCCCAGCUCCGAAUGAUCGCAGAAGUCGACAUUAUGAGAAAGAGAUGAAACUGACGUUAUGACAAAGAGAGACUGGGGUCAACUGGACACCGUCGCUCAUUUCUUUUCGGAGAAGCUGCACGAAUCAAAGAAGACUAACCCCUAACGCAGGAAGAAAUCACUGAUCAUCAUCUCCUUUGCUGUUGUAAAUAGUUGAUUUAUGUCCAUAAUGAACUGUGUCUUGAUAAAUACUCUGUUGAAGAGGCCACCUCUUGUGGCGUUGACUGUUUUAAAUAUUAGAGAUGAUACUUAUGGUCAUUGUAGAUCAGUGACAGUGAGUCCAGACAGCAGCUUUAAGGCCCGUGAUGACAUAUCAGGCCCGUGAUGUGAUUGUGUUUGAGUGCGUCUCAUUUGGUUCCAAUAUUGUAAUCAUGGCCUUUGACGCUUGACUACAACCACCUGGGAAAACUCAGACUGCACAAGUGUUGCCAAGCCAUAAGUGCCUCCGAAUAAUUUUUUUUUUUUUUCAUUUGUCAGUUUCUGUUUUCUUAGAAAAUUGUCAAGAAUUUUUUUACUAUUCUUUUUAUACAUGUUGAAUGUUAUUGAUAAAACACAGAUGUUGCCUGUUUCUGCAAAUAGAAUAAAUCAUCUGCUGCAAAAUGGG